ACGCCAGGCCCGUACACGUCACGACCAGGUGGCGCCCCUCCCCACUUCCUUAUUUCCUCACACUAAAACACUAACGUUACAACAGGACACAACAUCCAACAACUCAAGAUGUUCAGCUGGCUCUCUCUGCUCGUCGUUUGCGCCUUGGCGCGAGUAAACGCAGACGACGUCUUAGACUACUCUGGAGACGACUUUUCAGAUCGUAUCGGCGAACAUGACGUCGCUCUUGUGGAGUUCUUCGCCCCUUGGUGUGGCCAUUGCAAGAGGCUCGCUCCGGAGUACGAGAAAGCUGCUACAGUCCUGAAGGACAACGACCCCCCUGUGGCACUGGUGAAGGUUGAUUGCACAUCAGAAUCAGGAGGAAAGGACACCUGCAGCAAGUUCGGCGUGAGCGGGUACCCCACGCUGAAGAUCUUCCGCGGCGGAGAGUUCUCCUCUGAGUACCAGGGCCCGCGGGAACAGAAUGGAAUCGUGAGCUUCAUGAGGAAGCAGGUCGGCCCCAGCGCUAAACCUGUUCUGGACAAGGACGCCAUGGAGAAGUUCAUCGGCAACUCCGAGCCCAGCGUCGUAGGUUUCUUUGCGGAAGACAGUGACCUGAAGAAGGCUUUCCUGAAGACAGCAGACAACAACCGCGAUGACUACAGGUUUGCCUACACCGAGGCCAGGGACGUCAUCGACAAGUACGGGUACCAGGACGAUGCUGUCGUGCUGUUCUACCCACCUCGCCUCCACAACAAGUUUGAGGAGAAACAGCUGGUCUACGAAGGAAAGUCCUCCGAGAACAAGAUCAAGACGUGGCUCAAGGACAACGUUCUGGGACUGUGCGGCCACAUGACCGACGGCAACGCAGACAAGUUCAAGAAGCCGCUGGUGGUGGCUUACUACGACGUGGACUAUGUGAAAAAUGCUAAAGGAAGUAACUACUGGAGAAACAGGGUCUUGAAGGUAGCCACCAAGCUGAAGGAGGAAGGGAAGGAGGUUUACUUUGCCAUCGCUGCGAGAGGAGACUUCUACGGUCAGCUGUCCGAGUUCGGCCUGGACUCCAGCAGUUCGGACAAGCCGGUCGUCGCUGCCAGGGAUACAAGUGACGACAAGUUCAUCAUGAAGGAUGAAUUCAGUGUUGACAACCUGGAGAAGUUUGUGCGUGACUUCCUGGAUGGGAAAGUGAAGAGGUACCUGAAGUCGGAGCCUGUUCCUGAAGAUAACGACGGACCAGUCAAGGUCGUCGUUGCUGAGAACUUCGACGAGAUCGUCAUGGACGACACAAAAGACGUGCUGAUAGAAUUCUACGCUCCAUGGUGCGGGCACUGCAAGAACCUGGCUCCAAAAUGGGACGAGCUGGGAGAAAAGUUAAAGGAUACAGAGAGCAUCGUCAUCGCCAAGAUGGAUGCUACAGCCAACGACACACCUGGGGCCUUCAAAGUGUCAGGGUUCCCUACGAUAUUCUGGGCGCCGGCAGGAGGCAAAGAUAAUCCAGAAAAAUACAAUGGUGGUCGAGAGGUCGACGACUUCAUGUCCUUCCUGAAGAGGAAAGCCACACACGCGAGGGACGAGCUCUGAGGCGGCACAAACAGCAGGACAUAGACACAAACCCCACAUAGUCCGUACACAGCGCAGAUAGCUUUAUUAUUAUGUAUAUGUCAGCAAAUGCAGAGACUUGA